GUGAUUAUGCACGCUUGUUUUUACGUACGCGCCCGCACAAGUGACGUUGGUUAAUGCUCGAGCCGUUAUUCACGACCUCAAACAAGACAACCUCCCCUGCGUAUUUUAAUUGAUAUAAAACUGCAAAAGGAAACAUUCCUACAUGGUUUUCGGCGGGCGUCCAGAACUGGGCGUCCAGUUCACCCCGUGACACAGGAAGUGUUAUUACGUUACAAUAAAGUCAAACUUCAGGACGCGCGCCUCAUUAAAACGACCCUAAACGAAUAAAUCAUGCUAUUCAACAGGCUGCUUCCGUCCCUGGCGUUACCAAGACACGCAGCUCUCACCCGCCGCGCCAUGGCCUCAGCAGACCCGCAGACGACCCGGCUCGACUUCCUGGUGAUCGGCGGCGGCUCCGGCGGCCUGGCCGGCGCUCGCAGGGCGUCGGAGCUCGGAGCGUCUGCAGCCGUGAUCGAGAGUCACAGACUCGGAGGUACCUGCGUCAAUGUUGGCUGUGUCCCAAAGAAGGUCAUGUGGAAUGCAGCUGUUCAUGCCGAGUACCUCCACGACCACAGCGACUACGGCUUUGAAGUCGAAAGUGUCCGUUUCAGUUGGGAAGCUCUCAAGGCCAAAAGAGACGCUUAUAUCAGUCACUUAAAUCGCAUUUAUCGCAACAACCUCGACAAAGCUAAAGUCCAAAACAUCCAAGGUCAUGCCAGGUUUACAAAUGACCCUGAACCGACUGUGGAGGUUGAUGGAAGAAAGUACACAGCGCCUCACAUCCUCAUUGCAACCGGAGGGCAGCCGACCGUUCUGAGUGAUGCCGACAUUCCAGGGGGAAAUCUUGGCAUUACCAGUGAUGGAUUCUUUGAACUUGAAACAUUGCCAAAGCGCACCGUGAUUGUGGGUGCAGGUUACAUCGCAGUGGAGAUGGCCGGCAUCCUUUCCACCCUGGGCUCCAAAACAUCAAUGAUUAUUCGACAGUCCGGGGUUUUGAGGAACUUCGACAGCUUCCUAAGCACAAACUGCACCAAAGAGCUGCAAAACUCUGGUGUGGAUCUGUGGAAGAAUUCUCAGGUGACGUCCGUGCGUAAAACGGAAAAAGGACUGGAGGUGACGGUCGUCACCAAAGACCAGGAGAAGAAGAACGACGAGGAGAAGACCAGCACCAUCCAGGAAGUGGACUGCCUUCUCUGGGCCAUCGGCAGGCAGCCCAACACUUCUGGACUGAACGUCGCCGCCAUGGGUUUGGAAAUGGAUGAAAGAGGCCACAUUGUUGUGGAUGAGUUUCAGAACACCAGCAGACCGGGGAUCUACGCCGUGGGCGACGUUUGUGGCAAAGCUCUUCUCACUCCUGUUGCCAUAGCCGCAGGGAGAAAGCUGGCCCACAGGCUGUUUGAGGACAAGAACGACUCCAAGCUGGACUACUCCUGCAUCCCCACCGUGGUGUUCAGCCACCCACCCAUUGGAACUGUGGGCCUCACAGAAGAGGAGGCCAUUAGGUCUAGAGGAAAGGAGAACGUGAAGGUCUACAAGACUUCUUUCACUCCGAUGUAUCACGCCAUCACGAGCAGGAAGAGUCAAUGCAUCAUGAAGCUGGUGUGUGAGGGCAAGGAGGAGAAGGUGGUGGGGCUGCACAUGCAGGGCCUGGGCUGCGACGAGAUGCUGCAGGGCUUUGCUGUUGCUAUCAAAAUGGGCGCUACCAAAGCGGACUUCGACAAGACUGUCGCCAUUCACCCCACCUCGUCUGAGGAGUUUGUCACAAUGCGUUAACCCCUUUUCCAGCUUUCCAGACUAGCGUGCCAGGACGGAGUCGCUCCUCUGUACCGGUCUUGCAUCAGUUUCACCAAUUGCUUUAAAAAAAAAAAAACAAGAGUUCAAUUUUCACUCAUUUAAGUGACAUUAUUUGUGCAUAGUGUUUCAUCUUUUCCAACUUCUUCCUAAACGGACCAAGACAGAGUUAUUGCCUUCUUAAACUGUACUGUAGGUCUUAUUGAUUAUUGAUUUUAUAUUCUGGGUUCCAUUUUAAUGAUUUUUAAAUGGAAGUGGUGGAUUUGCAGGUAUUGUUGUCAAGUGAUUGCAUUAGGUCAAGAGAGCACACACACCUCUGCUAGUGUAUCUAUUUGACUUGUUAGUCAUUUGUCGGAUGAAUAUUACAAACACUGCUAUGCACAUAUUUACAACUUUUGUGAAGGUUCAAUAAACAGGGUUUUUUUUGCAA